CUUUCAGUUUUACUCUGCAGACUUUAACUCUGUCAACAUGUUGCCGCCUGUGUUGCUGCUGCUGCUGCUGUUAAUCAGCGGAGCUCAAGCUUCUUUUUAUGGUGUUGUCUUCAACUACGCUUUUGGAAACCUUCAGCCAGGUGGAUACGCAGUACCAUAUGACUUUAAGUUGAGCUACAACUCCUGUGAAGAAUUCAACACUCAGACUUGUAAUGGAUACUGUAGUGGGCCAACUUAUUCAAUCGAUGAAAUCGGAGGUGAAUGGUGUCAGAAAGGAUAUGCUGGCACUUUCUAUUAUCCAUACCUGGAUACGUUAGUUCAAUCGGUCAGUACUUCAGCCUGGACAGAAAACAGAAAUGGGAUUGUAUCAUCGAAAGCAGUUUUGCAGUUUGACUUGAGAAACCGCUCUGACAUCAACGAACCCAACUCAUCGCCCCGGACCACCAUCCUCCCUCUAGUCAGAGUUCCUUCAAACUGUCAGAGAAACAUCAACCUGCUGGUCUCUGAUCCAGAUGGAGACGACAUUAGAUGCAGAUAUGCAGCUGGAUCAGAGUGUGACAUCUGCACUCCUCCGUCUGUCCUCAGCCUCUCAUCUUCUUGUUCUCUGUCAUUCAGUCCCACUAACAGCAGCGAUGAAGGUCCGUAUGCGGUUCAGAUGGUGGUGGAGGAUUUUCCCAGGCAGAACGUCACUCUGACUGAUGGCAGUGGUUCACAAGUGAUGAAAACUGCCAGCGACGCCAUCAGCACCAUGCCUGUCCAGUUUGUUUUUAAAGUGGAUCCCGCAGCUCCAUCCUGCACAGAAGGUGAAUAUCUGCCCAGGUUUCUGCCUCCAACUCCACAGAACGGUGAUCAGAUCAACACCAACGUUAACCAGACUGUGGAAAUCAUCGUCAGAGCAGAAGCAAUCCUGGCCGACACCAUGGAGCUCCUGUUCUCCGGGCCGUUCGGAUUAACCAAGAGUUCAUCAGGAUCAGGAAACUUCACCCUGACAUGGACACCAUCGGCCAGUGAAGCAGGACUGAAUCACCAUCUCUGCUUCGUUGUCCAAGCAAAUUCCUCCGGCUCUGUUUACCAGUCUGACCUUCGAUGCGUCUUUGUGACGGCUGGGAACAGUCCAGUCACAGCUUUCCCUCCAACUACAACUACACCUCCAACUACAACUACACCUCCACAACCCACAACUACACCUCCACAACCCACAACUACACCUCCACAACCCUCAACUGCACCUCCACAACCCUCAACUGCACCUCCACAACCCUCAACUGCACCUCCACAACCCACAACUACACCUCCACAACCCUCAACUGCACCUCCACAACCCUCAACUGCACCUCCACAACCCACAACUACACCUCCACAACCCUCAACUGCACCUCCACAACCCUCAACUGCACCUCCACAAAACUCAACUGCACCUCCACAACCCACAACAACUGGACCUCCUUCAUCCUCCAACCCAAAAUCAACACCAGCCUCAGAAUCAUAUUAUGUUUUGGCUCUGAGUGCAAAGCUUUCCACUUCACUGUCACUGAAGAAUGAAUCUGCAACCAUCCUCAACCUGAUCAAAGAGGAGAUGCAAAGUCAAGGACUGCCAGCAGGAAUAAUAGUGGAGCUGCUGGGCAUUGGUGGAGUGCAACUCGCCCCCUAGUGGAUACAAAUAAGAAUGAAUCUGAUCCUGGCUGGGAAGUGUGAUAUAAAAUGUUUUCUUUAAUCUUUGAUUCAUAGUUAUACUUAUUUUAAUAAAUCAUAAGGAGUCGGAAUAUUCACAGUUCUUCAUUAAUUAAGGCAAACUGAGUGAAAUUAGAUUUUAAUACUCUCAUUUGGCCUCAUAAUAGUAUAAAGUAUUUUAAGAGACAGUUUCUAAAUAAACUCUUAGUUGUUAGUUUACAUAAUAAUUUGAUAACUGAGCUCUGCAACAUCGGUGUCUUCAUAUAAUCCCAGACUCACUUCAAGAUGUUAAAUUGAAAGUUUUCAGUUAUAUCAACGACUCCUUGUUCUUCUUUACGCUGGCUAUGAUUCUUGAUACUGUUGGCUGCAGGUUUUCGCUUUUUGUUUGGGUUUAGAGUAAACUGCUGAAGCAGUCAAAGGCUGUCGUAAUGUGAAAGCUAAAAAGGUGAAAGGGGAAAAGUCAUAGUUAUAAAUGAACUUGGCAAAGUCAAGUUAUAUAAAUACACAUUAUAAUAAAGAUGCUGAAGAGUUUUGUGCUACUUAUUAGAUCUAUUCCUUUUUGCAUGGCUGUGUCUUAAUAAUUUACUGAAACCACUGCUAUGAUCACCAACCACAACCUUCGGCUGCACAGCCACAGAGUCAAAUAGGAUAGAAACAGAAUCUGUGCAAGCACUGGUGUUUUCUCUGGUUUUUGUACUUUGCUUAAGCAAUAAAAAAUUGUAACCAAAACA